UUUCCCAGCACUUGUGACGCCUUCGAUCCGUAAACAAUCCUCGCCCCAAAGUGGAUCCACCAUCCCUGAUCCUAGCGGUGUCCACAACGUCACGCGAGAUUUUGGUAAAAAAAUAAGUCCAAAAAAUCGACCAACUCGUUAAUCUAAAAAUCGCUAAUCCUCGGAGUGUCUCAGUAAUCGAUAAAAAACAAUACCGAGAACAGUUGAAACGAGUUUUUUUUGGAUUUGAAGAGGCUGGAGGUAAUCGUCGACGUACGUCUGAGGAAUCUCGAAAUUCGCAAUGUCAAGGGACUACGACAGCCGUCGUCGAUUGGGGACAAGCUCCAGCAAGAUGCGAAUGGACACAAGCAUCCCCCAGACUCGUCCCCACGGCGAGUCGUCCUCCUCCAAGCGCAAAGAGCUUGACAGCGUAAUGCGUAAAGCGCGCGAAUCAAAGUCCUCCUACUGGAACAAGAAGCUCCUCGAGGCCGAGGAGCGCGAUCCAAACAGAUGGCGCCACAGUGGCUACAAGGAGCUCUAUGUAGGGUCUACCAGCGGGGAGACCAGUAGGAAUCAUCCCCGUAGCCCGAGGAGUCCUCGGCCACGAUCACCCUACAGUCCUCGUGCACGAUCGCCACGCGAACGCUCCCACACGAGGGGUAGAGCGGCCCGGAGUCCCAGUACGGGUUCCACCUGUUCGGACAGGUCGUGUUCGGUUUGUUCGCCGAGGGAUCGUCGUCGCGUACAAGCCCAAUCACGAUCACGCUCAAGAUCACUGUCGCCUCAUGUGCGCCAGAGGGGACACGUGAAGGAGCAUGUCGUUGCUAGCUCCAGUUCGAGGACGGCUAUACCGCGUUCAAGGCCACGCUCACCCCCGCCAAUACCGCGUCCGCGUACACCACCCCCGGCGCCGCAGCCACAGUCACGCCAUCAGAAGGAGUACAAGGCGAUGAGGGAGAAGGAGGCUGCCAAGGCCAGGCGGAAGGAGAAGCAUCACAGGGUACCCGAGGAUCCGAGAGUCCCGGAGCCGAUCCCUUUGAUGAGAAAGCCUGUGAAGAUUGAGAAGACUCACUCGAGUCAUCCGCCACCAACAGCUGUUAUUCACGCACAAGCAGAGUCUUCAGGGAGUGAAGACAGUGACAGCUCUUCCAAUGCUUCUAACGUGGGGCCACCGAAGAUGACAUUGUCAGAGCGAUUUGGAAAAAUGGCACAAUGGAGUGUAGAUCGUCGAGACAUGGAGAACAUGCGUAUAACGAAGGACGGUGAGAACGCAAUGAAAGUGGUGAUCGAGGGAGAGGAGAGAAUUGCACGAUUAGGCUACGAUUCACCACCACCUGGCCACUACCCAGAAUCUCUAUUGGCACAAGGGCCGAGAGGUCUUGACUGUUGGGACGACGUGAGAGUGCGGUACGAUUACUACAAAGCACGUGGGUACUUACGAGAUUUGACUCUCGAUGACUACGUCAAGUGGGAGGAGUGGUGGUACAAGUAUCAAGAGUGGCUCGAGGCUGAACGAUUCUACGAGCAGUGGGCAGCUGCUGGGGCACGUGGGGGCGGUGGCAGGAAGAGACGUGGAAGACGCAACAAUGCUAAUCAUUGAUCAUCUUUUAUCCAUUUAUCACACGAACAAUCGUUGAGCUGUAGAUCGAAUCAUUUAUGUCAUUCAUAUUUAAUACAUGAGCAUAUGCUGUGACGUCCUCGUGCUUAGAUUAUUGUCAUAAAACUUAUGUGCAUGUGCACGGUAUAUGAGUAUAAUAAACUAUAUGCUACGGAUAAUGAA